AUGGCAUCCGGCGACCGCAGAACAGGCCACGAGCGCAUCGACCACACGUUCAACUUUCCGCAGUUCGACUACGAUGCCCCUGGCAUUCUCUUUCAGCCCGCCAUCAAGAUCCAGUUCUUCUUCUCCAAGCUCGGCGACGUGUCGUGGGAGCACUUUUCCAAGCACUAUGCGCACGUGCACGCGGACAUGACCGUGGCGGCCGAGGCGUUUGGGGCGUUCAACGUGCGACGCUACACACAGCAACACCAGUCCCCGUCCAUGAAGGACAAGGCCAUUGCGCUGGGCAUGUCGCCGCUCGACUACGACGGCUGCUCGACCAUGUGGUUCGCCAACUGGGACGAUGCUGAAAAGUUCUUUGCGGCGCCGAGUUACCGUCAAUUGGCCGACGACUGCAAGUAUUUCAUGGACACCAGCCGCGGGAUCAAGGUAUUUGCAGGACAGGAAGUGAUCUGCUUUGGCAAGGCGAUCCCCGACGUGGACAGCCAGGAUGGCAUCACCGAGCACAAGAAAAGCAAUUAA